CUCAAUCGUGACUAACCAAUCAAUUUUGGCGGGAAAUUCCAGUCGGCUAUUAUAGUCGUGUGUCGUCACUGCUCCCUUCCCGCACUUAUUAAACGAUGUUCAUGACCACGUUACCGGAGAUAACCGAUCUCUUCUCCAGACUCGCAUCACAUCUGCAAGCCCUAAACGAAAAUGAAGAAGAAGAAGAGUCUAUUAAUCUCUCAAUUUCAAAGCUAAAUAAAUCCCUAAAUUUCAGCCAAAAUUCUAGGGUUAGGGUUUUGGACGCCGCUCUCUCUAUCCUGUGCUUCGAUGCACCCAAGGUUUUUGAUUCGGUCAUUGAGCAUUCAGUGAAGACGAUUAUCGGUGUUUUAUCUUCUUCAAUUACUUCUAAAGUGAUUUCCUUUCGAAAUGAAGGAAUUUUGCAAAUCGGUAGCUCGGUUUCGCGCCACGAUUGUGAGGAACUAAUUGAAGCAUGUAAUGAUGUGCUCGAGAAACUAAACGGGCGUGGGGCGCUUUCACAUCUGCUUUUGCGUGCGGUUGUAAGAGUAGCUGUUUCAGCAUGUUGCUACGGCUUUUUGUUGCCUUUUAUGAUUUUGCAUGAUGUAAAAUCUGUUGAUAGCAGAACCUCUGCUGUGUCAAAGCUGAUCUGUCAUGUACCCAGAGAAUUCUCCCUUGAAAACCAUGAAAUACCACUGAGGUUGCUCUUCUGGUAUCUUGAUCCAGUCACGCUGAAGCAUGAUGUUUCAAAAAUUUUAAAACAUACCACUGAGAGGCCUUUCCUUUGUUUGAAGGAAGAGUUUCAUGAGAGACUGGAUUGGCGUGCUAUAGUUGUAUGCUUGGCACUUUCUCCUACAAUGUUUAUUGAGACAAGAGCUCUGCUACAUAACUGGUUUCUGCUAACGGGUCUGACUUCCAUAUUGGAGCUUCUUAUUGGAUUAGUCUCUGUGAUUCUGGACAUAAUUUCCUGUCCAUCAUGGUGGGGCCUAUCAUUGGAAUUUGGAUCUAAGCUAACAUUUUCUAGUGCUUAUUUUCCUCACAAGAACCACUUACUGAGGAUGCUGGCUGGGCCACUUACGUCUGAAAGUCUUAUAUGUUUAGUUCAUGCUACCAGCAAACCAGUUUUUCGUGUCACAAAAGUUGAUCCAACUGUCAACCCAUCUGCAAUGAAGGUUGUGACCAUAGAUCAUAAAUCUAACUGGGCUCUGGCAAUCAGCUUUCCUGAUUGGUUCUAUUUUGCUUCCACGUUACUUUUCUCUGAGAGUUUUCAAGGAAAUUUUCAUUUAAAGUGCUUAUCGGGAAAACCUAAAAUUGGACAAAUGCAAGAUGGGGAAGCAGUAUCUGCUGCUGCAGCAAGGUACAUUGCGUGGAUUCUGAACCCCAUCGAUAAAUCUAAGCAGGAGUUGCUGGUUGAAAUUUUGACUAAAGUAUCAGAGGCUUGGACCUUUAACCAAUUUAGCUCAGGUAAAAAUCACUUUGACAGCAAUGAGGAUCAUGCACUUGAAAAAGAAUAUGAUUGUCAAAGUACUGGACUCUGGCUUAAAGAAUUCCAAAGCUUAUAUGUGCAAUACAGUACGGUGUGUGUCAAGGAUUGUGCCUCUCAUGAAGUGAAAGCUUCCACUGGUCUUAGCCUGCAGCAAAAUGUGCUGUUUAGGAGAAUUCCCCUCGGGAUUUUGGUUGGGUUCCCCAACUGUAUAACUGAAGAGGGAUGUGAAUUGCUGCUGCAUUAUGCUGCAACUGGUAGAAUCAAUCGUUUGUGGGAAACAAAUGUUGUUGGAUUGAAACAUGGACAAUGGAAAUCUCAUGAGCUGGAAGACUCAGUUAUGUCACAUGCUAAAUUCAGCAAAAGGGAGGCUACAGCAGGUGCCUGUCUUGUCUUCAGCUUAACUGAUAUUAUUGAGAGUAUGUCUAUGUCAUUAUGUGAAACGGAAGAGAAAGGAGUAGAUUUUAUUUGCCUGGUGAAAUUAAAGACCGCCAAGUACUUGAUCAAUUGCAUUAAGAGGUUAAUCCAGCUCCAUAUUGAUGGAGAUGGAGUUCAGAUGCUAACAGAUCUGUCGAGUAGAUUCAUGCGAUGGAGGCAUCAGGGGCAAGUAGUAGUUCAGGUCGACAAAGAUCUUGAUGAGGUCUUUAAUGCUUUAACUAACCUUUAGCUUCCUGUUUUUGUAUAUUACCAUGGAGAGGAAAUGAUUUGUGUAAAUUUUUUUUUUUUUUGUUAUUUAUUUUUACUUUUCUUUUGGGAAAUAUAUUGAAGGAGAGAGCUAUCUAUAGAUGAUAAUCAGAAAGUUAUUGUAUAAAUUGUGCAAAGAUAUGCAAGCCUGUUGAAUAUUGCUGUGUCCA